UGUCUACACCUGGUUUACAUUUGCUUGAUUGAGUCUUUGUCCUUUAAAGAGGGAUGGAGAUUCAGUCUGGGUGAUUUCUCUCAAUCCUCACAUCCAGAAAAGUUCAUGAUGAUGAUGCAUGCAGCCGUGGGUCUCUGGUUCCUAUCAGCGGUGAUCUACGUGGGCAGAGGCCAUCACUAUUUUGUUCACGGCAACGUCAAGACAGUCCAAGACGCUGUAGUUGACGACCGCACCGACAGCGUCUCCCUGGUGAACGAAGCAAACCAAGGGUUUUCCUUCCGACUCUACAGGAAGUUAGCAGCUGAUGCUGACUCACAGGGAGAGAAUAUCAUCUUCUGCCCAUUUUGUGUGUCGAACGCCUUGGCUGCGUUGUCCGUGGGAGCGCAGGGGGAGACUCACUGUCAACUUUUCAGUGGUCUGGGCUUCAACAACCCCCUGGUGCAGAAAGAGGUGGACCAGGCCUUCCAGAUGUUCCUCCAGAGGGCCAGUAACCAAUCUCAGGAGGACUCCAGUGAAGGGACCGCCGUGUUCAUGGAUGACCGCUUCAAGCCGAAGCCGGAGUUCCUGCAGACCCUGAAGCAGUCGUACUUCACAGAUGGGUUCAACGUGGAUUUCAGCCAAACCACAGAAAGUGCUGAUGCCAUCAAUCAGUACGUGGAGGAGAAGAUGACCAAUUGGAAGAUUGACCAGCUGGUGGAAGACCUGGAUCCAAACACAGUCAUGUAUCUCAUCAGCUACAUCUACUACAAAGGAAAGUGGGCAACUCAGUUUGACCCUGAGCUCACUGAGCAGUAUGACUUCAACGUGGACGAGAACACAAAGGUUCCAGUCUUCAUGAUGAAUCUGGAGGAUAGUUUCUACACCUUUCAUGACGACAAGCUGAAGACUACAGUCCUUCAGCUCCCCUUAAACAGCUCCUACUCCAUGCUGCUGAUGUUGCCUGAAGUCAUGACAACACUGGAGAAUGCCACCAGCCUGAACCACGUCACCAAAUGGUUGAAGGCUAUGAGACCCAGGAGAUAUAAUUUAUAUAUUCCAAAGUUCUCAAUCAAGGCUUCCUACAACCUAAACAAUGUGUUGUCAGAAAUGGGAAUGAUGGGCAUGUUUCAUGGUGGUGCAAAUUUGAGAGGCAUUUCCGAAAGGCAAGGACUGGCAGUCUCAAAUGUUUCGCACCGAGCUAGGCUGGACGUGGACGAGACCGGAGCCGAAGCCUCAGCUGUCACAGGCCUCCGCAUCGGACUGACAGCCAUACGGUUCCUUGUCCCUGUCCCUGUGUUGAAGUUCAAUUGUCCAUUCAUGGUAAUCAUCAUUGAACGCAACACAAAGGAAAUCCUCUUCUUGGGCAAGAUUAUCAACCCAACCAUCUGAUGGAUCAUAACUUUGUUUUCCUCAAGCACAUCUAUUGCAUCUCAUAUAAAGGAGUCGGGGAAAAACA